AUUUGGUUCGGGACAAAAUGGCGGCAGAAAAUCACCACGGAAUUAUUUACAUCUUUCUUGUGAGUUUAACGUAUUCGUUGACAUCGGGAUGCGGUACGACUACACACAUCGAAAUCAGUCACAGAGCCAUUGAACAUUUUGCUGAUGAGAAAGGACAGUUUACCUACCAAGAGCUGUUCCGGAAGCACCAAGAUGCCUUCCAGGCUGGGAGCCCCUACCCUGACGCCUACUACUCCAAUAUCUGUGCUGACGGUAAAUACCACAACAUAUCUGAAGACAGCCAUUGGUCGGGAUUCCUUAACGCCACCCUGAACUACAUCCGGAGGAAGUACCCCCCACCCUGGGACCAGGCCACAGAGAAGUUGGUGGUCUUCAUGUUCGGCUUCAUGUCCCAUCAGGUGGCAGAUGUGUUAUGGCACAACUUGGGGAUCUCACAGGGCUUCCUCCAGACCAUGGCCAAUAUAAAUUUCCAUGGCGUAUUUGGGCUAGCCCAUGAUACAGGAGAUAUUGGGGGAGAUGUACUGGCAGUGUUUGAGAUGAAUCUAGAUUACAUAGACAAUCUCUCUGACUGGUAUGUCCCGAUUGAUGACCUGUACUACAUCUACCGGGACUUGUAUGGUCGGGACAGGAUGCCCAAGGACAUCAUGGAGGCUUGUACAGCCACAUUGUUCCUGGAAAGACUUGGAGAACAACUUGCAAUAGGGAAGCUUUACACCACCUUUGCAAAGAAGAGCCCAUUUCUUGUAGACCAGUUUUCUGACUACUUUGUGGGUGGCAUAGAUGACAUGUCAGCCUGGACACAGAUCAUCUGGAAACUUGUGGUGUAUAUGCUGGAACACGGUCAGAGUGACUGUAAUGUCACCCACAACCCGCUGUACAUCACAUGUGGCCAGCCCCCACAGAACCCACAGGUGAACAACAGGAAGUCAGCAAGGGAGUCUGGGAUACCCCUGAGACUCACAGACCAUGGUCUGUCCCAGGAAGACAUCAUUGUGGAGAAAGCAUAUCGAGGGAUACGAUUCAGAGCAACUGACAAACUCAAGGAAUUCAUACGGCAGAAAAGACUUAAGAAGCAAAGCAUUGCCAAGUUGCACCAGAGGGAGAGUCUGAAUGAUAAACAGCCUGAUGCCGUUUAUACAGUUCCAGAAAAAUAUGCCAAGUUGGGCUGGUCACUGGCUGUUGGCGACCUGAAUGACGAUGGUCAAGAUGACCUGGCUGUUGGUGCCCCAGGGCACGGCAGUGAGUUCUCCCCACAAGACGGCAAAGUCUUCAUCAUCUAUGGAACAGACCAUGGUCUGCCGCUUAAAACAAUGGAAAAUCUGAAUGUUCAAGCAAACCAAGUUCUGAACGGCCCAUUUAAGGCCCAGGCCAGGUUCGGCUCGUCUCUUGCGAUCGUUGAUAUCAACAUGGAUGGCAUCAAUGACCUAGCUGUCGGCGCCCCCAACAUGGCAUCAGAGUCCACCCCCCUCAAGUACCAGGGUAUGGUGUAUGUGUACUAUGGAAGCAGGUACGACAUGUUCAGAUUCUCACAAGUCAACAUGACUAUCAGCUGCAAGGAUACAUUCUGCAACAAUGGAUGGUCCCUGUCUGCUGGCGACCUCAGUGGAGACGGACAUCCUGAUCUCAUUCUUGGCUCCCCGUUUGCUCCAGCCGGUGGCCAACAGCGAGGCUUUAUAGGAACUGUGUAUGCCAGCAAAAAGUACACAGAGGAUGUGACCGCCCUGACCGUAGACACCCUGGACUGGACGAACAGUGGACAGCAGGACUAUGGCUGGCUGGGACAAGACCUAGCACUCAGGCAACACCCCAGCGGUCAGCAGCUGCUGAUGGUCAGUCAGCCCACCUUCAGGAACUGUAGGCUAUACAAUUGUUCCUAUGAUGACAACGACACCCAGAGUGUGGGACAGUUCCACAUGUUCUACGCCCCAGUGACAGGGGUCACUUUAUCAACAACAAAAUCAGGCAGUAGGCAGUUCCAGCAGUUUGGCUCCAGCUUCGAUAUAGGCCAGCCCCUACCAGGGGGAGACACAAUACUGGCCGUGUCAGCAGUGGGGGAAGAUGUGGAGGGCAAGGUGAUGCUACUGGAUGCCAAGUUCACACAGGCUGGGGUGGUACAUCUCCUCAACAUCACCAACAUCACCUCACUGUCUCAACAGGUGGCGCUGUAUGCAGGGGACAGACGGUAUAGUAGGUUCGGGGCAAAGGUCAAGUUUGCUGAUCUGAACACGGACGGCUACGACGACCUUAUUGUCACCGCCCCACUCCGUACAGAUGAUGUGACAGAAGAGUUAUAUGGAGCUGAGGCGGGUCGGGUGUUCAUAUACAGUGGUGGCAAGGGCUUCCCUGUGGGAGACAGGGCCUUGUAUGACUGCCAGACUCUCUCCUUCAUAGAGCCUUGUCCAGGACAAAAGGCAUCUUACGAGCUGAACCUUGGGGAAGACGGAGCUCAGUUUGGGACGAAUAUCGCUGUUGUCAGGUCUAAACAUACAGUGAAUCUGGUAGUGACGGCCCUGCACAGCAGUAUGGGGGACAGACUGUCUGGGGCUGUGGUCGUGUACUCCUUUCCCAAGUCCUGACUCCAGACAACCAUCUCUCCAUGUUUUAGCAUUCCAACCUGUCAACAUUCUGACAGAGACCAUAUACCGAUAUACGGUCUCUGAUUCUGAUGACCUUGGGAGAGCCUUACUUCACUCAUGAUUUUUGUCUGAUCAGAAUAUUUUUAGACUGCAGGAAAUGUAUGUCAGGGUAUCUUUAACCAUGGAUAUAUCUCUAGCAAUUUCUCCAGUCGCGAGUCUUUUCAUUUGUGUCUGUGUUACUUACAUAUUGGAAUAUUUAUUUGAAUUAUACAGCAACAGUAUGUAAAAUGCAUGUUUGCCUAGUCUGGUUAAUGCAGUCAAUAUCAUCAGUAUGUGUUAUCUUUUUUUGUUUAUGAUUGUUAUUUUUAAUUAUAAGUCUAUGAACAAUGUGAUUAUAUUUUUAAAAGGUUUACUAUGGUACUAUGGAGUGAGUGAACGAAAGUAUUGUUUCACCCCUAAUACUAGACUAACAUAUAGUCUCUGAAAUGAACAUAUCGUACAGAAAAAAACAGUUGUUCAGUUAUCUUAAUAAAAAUCUAAUAAAAAGGGAGCCCAGUGAUUCUCUUUUCAUUUCCUGAUACUGCAGUAAUCUAGACUUGCCAAACAUUAUAGACUUGCAUGGGCUGUAGUUGAUAUAAAUGUAUCAGGGUCUGUAAGACAGACUACCCUAAUACAGAUGUGACAGUCACUGUUGAUAUAUUACUAUGUGUUUGAUGCCUAUUUCCUCCGAGUAUCAUAAGUGGUCUAUAUGUAAACGAUUAAUGUUCCCAACUUCAAAGAGUUUCUGGAGGAAAGAUUAUUCAUAUGGGAAAAUAUCUUUUUUUCUAUGUUAAUAUGAAGUGUUGGUGUAAAUAUAUAAUAAUAUAUCACAUUUGCUCAGGUUACAUAAUUUAUUUUGUAUUCAUUUUUUACAAAUUUGGUGACAUGUUUAUGAUAUAGAUUAGGGGUGGGAAAAUAUUCCAGUGUUAGUAAGAUACUGGCUGUGGAAAUAAUAUCCAAUUUUACACUGGACAUUUUUACCUAAGAUAUUACUUUCUCCUGGAAAGAAUCUCCAGGGGGAAUAAAUAUCCUAUUACAUAUUCAGGAAUUCUGUUACACUUGAAAUAAAAAUUAAAUGCUUCGCACCUUGUUGCUGAUGCACCAGUGUCUGAAAAAAACACAUUAUUGUUUAGGCCUAAAUGGAUGUGAGAGGUAUGAAAGAUCUAGGGCUGGGAUGAGUCCAAAUUUACUACCCGGGUACCCACUGUAGGUCUCUGGAGAUGUCUCAAAAUGUCCGAUUGGGAACAUUUUUAGGAUAGACCAGGCAAAACGUAUUUAGAUACAUGUAUUAAACAAUCUGGUCAUUCAUACACUGAAGUUGAAUUAAGUUAUAUCUUUAUUCAACCAUAUGAAAUAUCAGAAAGAAUUGUGAGCAUUAGUGACUUGUCGUAUAACCAUAGAGUUCCAGAUAACUUUUGCCAUUAAACAAUAUGUCACAUGACUAACCACGGCUCUGUGGGUACCCGGGUCCUACUCAGUACCCACCCGACCCGAGUACCCGAGUUACCCGUCCCAGACCUAGAAAGAUCAUGAGAGAUCAGCUCACUAGAUGCGAGAGAGGACGAUUGACAAGACUGAUUCAGAUAGGUGAUGUUUGUGGUAGACAGGGUAUCUGCAGUACAAGUCAUAUGUCGCUUUGUCAGGAUCUGCUGAUGGUAGGUUGGAACAUUAGCUUCCUCUGACUAUGGUUGUUAUUCUGUCAGCACCAUACCCAUAGGUAUGAUCAUAGGUCGUGACAAACGUUCACGCCCUUUAUAAGAAAUCAUCUUCCUGAGGCAAGGGAGUUAACUGACCGUAAAAGACCCGUUUCCACCUUUGCUGAACUAGGCUGGAAUAUCGUGGCUCGAUCAUAGCACUACAAUUGGUGAUGUCCUUUCCAUGUCCCUCAUACUGACCAAUCAGAUUCCACAGAUAUCACUUGCAUUUGCUUCAAACAAAAUAGCAGCACCCAGUCAAGACGAUCUGAUCGAUAAUAAAGAUCUUUAUCGUCAUGAAAUGGGUCUUACCUCGCGAAUUGCCUCUACUCACUUGAGCACCUUGAUUAAUACGUGGACAGUUUUGGAAAAUAUCUGUUGAUGCCCAGUUGAUGGCACACAUGCCUUGCAAACCCUGCAAUCAACAGAAAUCUAUAUGGUAGCCGCAAUGUUGUUUAUGAACCAAAUGACUUUGAUUGGACUAUGCAUAGACAAGUUAGUCCAGCCAAAAUAGAACUCCAGAAAUCCAGCCUGGACAGCUGACAGUGCUGGUGCUGACAGAAUAACAACCAUAGUCAGAGGAAGCUAAUAUUCCAAACAACAAUCAGCAGAUCCAUGACACAAUAAAGGGACACAACAAUGAACUCCAGUGACUUAGACCACGGAGCCAUCUGUGCAAUCAAAAUGAAAUUAAUCCAAAUUUGAUAAUUUUAUAAUCCUAUACAAUCACUGACAUCCUCAUCCACUGAGGAGAAAUUAUCAUCUGUCAGAUAGAAUGUAAAACCUUUUUACUAGCUGCUUAUACAUUUGUCAAGUAUUUUCUAACUUUGGGAAACAAUUCAGAGGUGUGUUGUCCAUAUUCUCCAGCAUGACAUUAUUAGAUCUAACUUCAUCAAGUGCAUUAAAUGCUGCUAAAAGAGUCUUCUGAAAGUCUUCUCAAUAAAACUUGAGAUCAUUAUGAAUAAAACUUUAUUUCUUUA